AUGCCGUGCGUCCAGACCCAGUGCGCCUCCUCUCCCCAAGGAGCCAGCCCGGCCUCUCAGGGCGUCGGCGGCUGCGACUUCCUCACCCCGGAGUUCGUCAAGUUCAGCAUGGACCUCACCAACAGCGAGAUCUCGGCCGCCACGUCGGCUCCCAGCAGCUUUGGCCCCUUGGGGGACACUUACGGCGCCGGCUACGACGCGAAGCCCCCGUGCCUCUUCCAAAUGCCGGCGCAGGGGGAGCUCCCGUGCGUAAAGGUGGAGGAUGCACACGGGUGUCCGCGCUAUCAGCCCAAUCAGCAUCACCCGUCCGACGAGCUGCUCUCCUCCCCGGGCUCCGUGUACUAUUACCGGUCCCCGUCGCCGCACACCCCCCUCGCCUCCAACUUCCAAACUCCCCCGGGACACCUAUGGGAGGACUCCGGCUCUCUGUACAGUUUCAGACAAGACUAUUUGGCGGCGGCGCACCGGAAAAACGCGUUCUCCAGAUUCUCGCUGUUUUCCCUCAAACACGGGAGCGAGAGCGCGUCCACCUGCCGGGUGAAGCUCGACGGCUCGCUCCACGUGUCCGUGAACCAGCAGCUGGACGGCCCCGGGGCUUUGGGCUCCGCUUCCCACGGAAAGCAGCCCGCAGUGGGCUUUCCCCACCCGCUGCAGUUCGCCCACGGCCACCACUUUAUGGACUACCAGACCUCGAGUGGCCCGAGCCGAGGGCCGCUGAGCACCGAGGGGCUGUGCGCGGUGUGCGGGGACAACGCCGCGUGCCAGCACUACGGAGUGCGCACCUGCGAGGGCUGCAAGGGCUUCUUCAAGCGCACGGUCCAAAAGAAUGCCAAGUACGUGUGUCUGGCGGCCAGGAGCUGCCCGGUGGACAAACGCAGGAGGAACCGAUGUCAGUACUGCCGCUUCCAGAAGUGCCUCGUUGUGGGAAUGGUCAAAGAAGUGGUGAGGACGGCCGGCCUGAAAGGUCGCCGGGGUCGCCUGCCCUCCAAACCCAAAGCCCCCGCGGACUCGCCGCCUCCCGCCGGCGCCCUGCUGAGCGCGCUCGUUAGGGCGCACGCCGAGUCCGACCCGCCUCCUUCUCGCCUCGACGACUUCAAGCUCAAGGAGAGUCCGGCGGUGGACGACGUCCAGCACGUGCGUCAGUUCUACGACCUCUUGACCCGGUCCAUGGAGGUGAUCCGAGGCUGGGCCCAGAAGGUCCCGGGCUUCACGGCGCUGCCCAAACACGACCAGGACCUCCUCUUCUACUCGGCCUUCCUGGAGCUCUUUGUCCUGCGCCUGUCGUACAGGUCCAACCCGGAGGACGGGAAGCUGGUGUUCUGCGACGGCUCGGUGUGGCACCGGCUCCAGUGCCUGCGGGGCUUCGGCGAGUGGAUCGACGGCAUCGUGGCUUUCUGCGCCGGCCUGCGCCGCAUGGACCUGGACGUGUCCACCUUCUCCUGCGUCUGCACGCUGGCGCUGGUCACCGAGCGCCACGGGCUGAAGGAGCAGCAGCGGGUGGAGGAGCUGCAGAGCAGCGUGGCGCGCUGCCUGCAGGGCGCCGCCGGGCUGUCGGACCGCCGGGCCCUGGAGACGCUGCGGGAGCUGCGUGCGCUGAGCCUGCAGGGCCUGCAGAGGAUCUUCUACCUGAAGCUGGAGGACCUGGUGCCGCCGCCCGCCGCCAUCGACAAGCUGUUCCUGGACACGCUGCCCUUCUAG